AUGUCGAUUUCGGCGAUUACAAAACAUUUCAAUCGAACGCUGGCGUUGUCGUGCACGCUAGUUGCUAUCUCCCAGCUCAACUAUGGAUUCGACAAUCAAGCUUUCGCAACGACACAGUCGAUGACUGCUUUCACGAAACAAUUCGGCGAAUACAACCCUCAAACGGGGGCAUAUGCUAUUCCGGCCUAUUAUCUGUCGCUGCUGAAUAGUCUGAACUAUAUCGGCUUUGCCUUGGGGUUAUUAAUCGGAAGCCUUAUCAGUCGGAGAUAUGGGCGUCGCCUCUGUAUAUUUUCCAUGAGCUGCUAUGCUCUUGUAACGGCUACAAUUACGGUGACCUCCCAGAGCAAAGGGCAGAUUCUCGCGGCGCGAAUCUUGAAUUACGUUUAUGUCGGCAUGGAGCUAUCAGUUGUACCUGUCUAUCAGUCAGAGGUUGUACCAGCUCCGGUCCGCGGAUUUGUGGUGGGAACAUAUCAACUGGCCAUCGGUAUAGGAGGAAUUAUUAUCAACAGUAUUUGCAGAGGAACCAGUACCUUGGAAGGCAACAAAUCCUGGAGAAUACCAUUUGGUCUUUUCUACGUGAUCCCUUGCGUGAUUCUGUCUAUGAUUUGGUUAAUCCCAGAGUCCCCCCGCUGGCUUCUUCUUCAACACCGCCCCGAUGAAGCCGAACAAUCCCUAAAACGCCUCCGCCAUGGAACGAUGACGAGCGAAGCGAUCGCGAAUGAAUUGGCCUCCUUGAAAAUUGGACUUGACAUCGUGCCCGAAAAAGGUCAUUUCAAAGAGUUGUUCGGCGAGACAAACUUAAAACGCACUCUGAUCGUUAUCGCCAUUAGCUUUUUCCAGCAAGCCACCGGCCAGGCCUUCUCGAGUCAGUACGGUGCUAUCUUCGUGAAAUCGCUCGGCACAGUCAACCCUUACAACUUCGCAAUCAUCACAAGCUGUAUCACCACGGCGGCAUGUCUCAUUUCGAACCUUUUGAGCGACAAAGUCGGUCGGCGAAAGCUUUUCAUAGCAGGCGCAGGCAUCCAAGCCGUGGCGCUAUUUACAAUGGGUGGCCUAGGAACAGCGAGUCCGGUGACCUUCUCUGAAAGCACCGCGAUAGCAGCUAUGAUGGCGAUCUUUGGAGCUGGGUUCGGACUGGGCUGGGGACCACUCACGUAUGUGGUUAUCACGGAGCUACCGGCUUUGUCGCUUCGUGAUCAUUCUCAGCGUGUGUCUUCUCUCACAAACAUUGCGGUCAAUUUCGCGGUGACAUUUUCGAUUCCAUACCUACUUGAUGACGGCUAUGCGGGUCUGCACUCCAAAGUUGGAUUUAUCUUUGGGAGUAUUGCAGUGUGUGCGUGUGUUUUUACAUAUUUAUGUGUUCCGGAUUGUCAAGGGAAAUCUCUUGAAGAGGUGGAUCGACUUUUCCACGAGGGUGUCCCUGUGAGGAAGUUCAGAGAUCACCAAUUGGCUCCAUUGGAUGAGACCGAAGAGGCGAAUAAAGGGAAAGAAAUGCGAAGUCAAAGUCGCGAUGUCUAA